GGCGGGGAUUCGGUUGAGUGACUAAUGGGGAGGGGGCCGCCGUGCCGCCGAUUCGCUGCCGUCCGCCGCUACGUCGCGUGGUGCAGGGUGGAAACGCGCCCGCCUGCCGCGUUCCCGUCCGUCGAGCCCGCCAGCGAUGAUGCCGACGCGAACGUUUUGGGCUCUGCUUUGCGUGCUCCUGUGCGGCGGCGCGGCCAAGAGGCCCGCCCGCUGUCCUUCGACAUGCAGCUGCUCCAAGGAGUCGGUCGUUUGCGUCGGCUCCUCUUUUGUGCCCAGGAUGAGCCCCGGCGACGUCAUUUCUCUGAGCAUCGUCAAUGGCACUUUCUCAGAGGUCAAAGAGGCCAUGUUUACGCACAUGCCCUCCCUCCAGCUGCUGCUUUUGAAUUCCAAUUCCCUCACCGCCAUAAGGGACGAUGCAUUCUCUGGCCUCCCGCAUCUCGAAUACCUGUUCGUCGAGAACAACAGGAUCGAGAGCGUAUCCGAAUUCGCCUUCAGAGGACUCCGGGACCUCACCCACUUGUCCCUCGCCAACAACAAGAUCAAGGCCCUGCCUCGAGACGUCUUCGACGAGCUGGACUCUCUGAUGGAGCUGGACCUGCGAGGCAACGCCUUCCAGUGCGACUGCCGAGCCAAGUGGCUGAUGACGUGGCUGAGGGGCACCAACGCCACCGUGACCGACGUGCCGUGCGCCGGACCGGAGGACGUCCGGGACGAGCGCCUCAACGACAUGAGCUUGCAAAACGACUGCGUCUCAACCGAUUUCGUCCUUCGUCAGACCGUGGCCACGGAGUCCCUGUCCGUCGACACGUUCGGCUACAAGGACGACGUGUUCGCGGCCGUCGCCGCUCCCGGCGCCGAGAGCUGUAUGGUCCUCCAGUGGGACCACAUCGAAAUGAACUUCAGGACUUACGAUAACAUCACAGGUCAGUCCAUCGUGGGAUGCAAGUCGGCGGUGAUCGAGGACCAGGUGUUCGUCAUCGUGGCUCAGCUCUUCGGCGGCUCGCGCAUCUACAGGUUUGACGAGGACCAAAGCACGUUCGCCAAAUUCCAGGACAUCGAGGUGUCCAAGAUCUCCAAGCCCAACGACAUCGAGGUGUUCCAGAUCGGCUCCGACCGCUUCUUCGUCAUCGCCGACAGCUCCAAAGCGGGCCUGUCCACGCUCUACAAGUGGAACGACAACGGCUUUUAUUCCUACCAGUCCCUUCACGAGUGGUACCGCGACACGGACGCCGAGUUCUUGGACUUGGACGGGAAAGCGCACUUGGUCUUGGCGAGCCGCUCGCAGGUUCCCGUCAUCUACCAGUGGAGCCGGAGCACCCGUAAGUUCGCGCUCCAGGGCGAGAUCCCCGACACGGAGGACGCGGUGGCCGUCAAGCACUUCCGCGUCGAGGAGGAGCUCUACCUCGCCGUGACGCGCUACAUCGGAGACUCCAAAGUUCUGCACUGGGGCGGCAAACGGUUCUCGGAGAUCCAGGCGCUACCUUCGCGAGGCGCCAUGAUCCUCCAGCCGUUCUCCUUCAAAGAGCGCCACUAUCUGGCCCUGGGAAGCGACUACACCUUCUCGCAGAUCCUCCUGUGGGACGAGCGGCAGAGCGUGUUUGAGCGCUUCAAGGAGGUCUACAUCCAGGCGCCGCGGUCCUUCACCGCCGUGUCCACGGACCGCCGGGACUUCGUCUUCACGUCCAGCUUCAAGGGGAACACGCACAUCUGGGAGCACGUCACGGUUGACUUGAGCUCGUGAGCCUUGUGCGAACGACGUGCGACGGGUUAACGUUAGGGUUGCGAAGGGCUGGAAAAUGUACACGUGCGUUUUCGGAAAGUGUCGGGUCAAUUUCCACGGGAAGUUAAGCUGGCGAAUUUUGGAAAAGUAUCGUAGUCAAAUGUAAAUAGGAACUUUUUUUCUCCUCAGCCGACAUUCAUGCAAAAGAAUACGAUGGCAUUUCAACACAUUUAAUUGGAAGUAUAUUAACUUGAUUCGUUUGAAGCGUUUGAUGGAACGAUCGAUUCUUUUAUUGAAGAGCAAAAACGGGAAUUUGGAGUUCGGUAUUAUGCACCCCCCUUUUCAAAAGGUUCAAUGAAAAGAGCCCCUCUCCCGUCUGAAAAGCUGAAAUCAAACCACCCAAACAUUUCAAUGAAAAUGUGUUUCGCGUCGUACCGAAAUGAAUGUUUGAAACAAGCAGUCCAAAGAUUCAAUCCAAAUGUUUCCCCAAAAAAACUGGGUUGUACUUAACAAGUGGACUGUGCUGAAUAAAAAAGAAAAACAGCAACUUGAA